GCGAGGCGUAAAAGUUGGACGGCGUUCCCACAAGCAGGGCGAAAGUAAACAGGGACGGCAUGACAACGAAACGAGUAGCCUAUCGCACUUUGAAAUAAACGUUUACGUGGUUAAAGGAAUACAUAUGAUCAAACAUGGCUCUGUUGGAACUAUAUACCGAGUACAAUAGAGUGUGGAUUCCCGAUGCCCAGGAUGUCUGGAAAUCUGCAGAAAUUCGCAAAGACUUCAAAUAUGGCGAUGAUACACUACAUCUCCUACUUGAAGAUGGCACAGUGCUGCUCUACCCCUUGGACUCUGCAACCCCUCAGCUACCUCACCUUCGCAAUCCUGACAUCUUGGUGGGGGAGAACGACCUCACAGCACUCAGCUACCUGCACGAGCCUGCUGUCCUUCACAACCUCAAAGUGCGCUUUGUGGAUUCCAAAAUCAUCUACACCUACUGUGGCAUUAUCCUAGUGGCUGUCAAUCCUUACAAACAGCUACACCUUUAUGGAGAUGCAGUCAUUCAUGCCUACUCUGGCCAGAACAUGGGGGACAUGGACCCUCACAUAUUCGCAGUGGCUGAGGAAGCGUACAAACAGAUGGCCAGAAACAACAAGAAUCAGUCGAUCAUUGUCAGCGGAGAGUCUGGAGCAGGGAAGACAGUGUCUGCUAGAUAUGCUAUGAGGUACUUUGCUGUGGUCAGCAAAUCUGGCAGCAAAACACACGUGGAAGACAAGGUUCUGGCAUCAAACCCAAUAACAGAGGCCAUAGGAAAUGCAAAGACAACAAGGAAUGACAACAGCAGUCGGUUUGGGAAGUACACUGAGAUCAGCUUCGACAGGAGGUACCAGAUUAUUGGAGCCAAUAUGAGGACAUAUCUUCUAGAGAAAUCCAGAGUGGUUUUUCAGUCAGAGAGAGAGAGGAACUAUCACAUAUUCUACCAGAUGUGUGCUUGUGCUGAUCAGCCAGAGUUCAAGAGUUUGAGACUGUUGAGUGCAGACAAGUUCAGGUACACCAGUAUGGGUGGGGAGAUUGAGAUUGACGGUGUGGAUGACAGAAAGGACAUGGCAGAAACACGCACAACCUUCUCCCUUCUGGGGCUAAAGGAAGACUUUCAGUCUGACAUUUUCAAGGUCCUAGCGGGAAUCCUUCACUUAGGAAAUGUUGAAAUCAGACAUGUUGGUGGUGACCGAUCCUCAAUUAGCUCCAGUGAUCCACAUCUGGCUGCGUUCUGUGAGCUACUGAGUGUAAAAGCAGAGGGAGUGUGUCGUUGGCUGUGCCAUCGAAGGAUUGUCAUGGUGACAGAGACGGUGGUAAAACCAGUCCCAAAAGAGAGGGCGGUCAAUGCCCGGGAUGCCCUGGCCAAGCAGAUCUAUGCCCACUUGUUUGAUUGCGUCAUCAGCAAGAUCAACGCUGCCCUGCAGGUCCCAGGCAAGCAGCACACCUUCAUAGGAGUGCUGGAUAUCUAUGGCUUUGAAACCUUUGAGAUAAACAGCUUUGAGCAGUUUUGUAUCAACUAUGCUAAUGAGAAACUUCAGCAGCAGUUUAACUUGCAUGUCUUUAAACUGGAGCAAGAGGAGUACAUGAAAGAGGAUAUCCCAUGGACAUUAAUAGAUUUCUAUGACAACCAGCCUGUCAUUGACCUCAUCGAAGCCAAAAUGGGAAUCCUGGAUCUUCUUGAUGAAGAAUGCCUGUUUCCCCAGGGAACAGAUCAGAACUGGCUACAAAAACUGUACAACUACCUAAAGGAAAACCCUUAUUUUGAAAAGCCAAGGUUAUCAAAUGAGGCUUUUGUGAUUCAACACUUUGCAGACAAGGUGGAGUAUCAGUGUAAAGGUUUUCUGGAGAAGAACAGAGACACGUUGUAUGAGGAACUCAUUAACACGCUGAGAACCAGCACGUUUCCGCUACUGGCCAACUUUUUCCACGAGGAUGAGAAAAGCGUCUCGGGAAUGAAAGGCAUCAAAGUGAGGCCAGCCCGACCUGGAGUAAAGCCAGCCAACAAGCAGUUCAGAACCACAGUGGGAGAUAAGUUCCGUGAUUCCCUCUACCUGCUGAUGGAGACCCUCAACGCCACCACCCCUCACUAUGUGCGCUGCAUCAAGCCCAACGAGGAGAAGCUUCCGUUUGAAUAUGACUCCAAAAGGGUGGUGCAACAGCUCAGGGCAUGUGGAGUCCUUGAGACCAUUCACAUCAGUGCACAAAGCUAUCCCUCCAGGUGGACCUAUAUUGAGUUCUACAGCCGGUACAGUAUACUGAUGACCCAGCAAGAGGUAGGCCUCAACGACAAGAAACAGACUUGCAAGACAGUGCUGCAGAGGUUAAUUCAGGACUCCAACCAGUAUAAGUUUGGUCGGACCAAAAUCUUCUUCCGAGCAGGCCAGGUGGCUUACCUGGAGAAGCUCCGUCUGGACCGGUUGCGAGGGGCGUGCGUUACGAUCCAAAAACACCUCCGAGCCUGGAGCCAGAGGAGAAAGUAUCAACGCAUGAGACUCGCGGCCAUCACCAUCCAACUGUACAUCCGUGGCCAGAAAACAAUCCGAAAAACAGUGAGUGCUGCUGCAUUGAAGCAGGGCUGGGCAGCAAUGGUCAUUCAGAGGCGUUGGAGAGGCUACCGGAUGCGGCAGAUAUACCAUGUGGUCCAGCUGGCAACUGUUACCAUACAAGCCUUUACACGAGGCUGGACUGCCCGCAAACGCUUCAGAAAGAUGGUGGCUGAGCAAAAAGCCAUGAUACUACAGAAAUAUGCGAGAGCGUGGCUCGCUCGACGGCGGUUCCAGACCAUGCGUAGGCUGGUGAUGAAUGUCCAGCUCUCCUUCAGGGUUCAGCAGCUGAGAAAAAAGGUUGAGGAGCAGACCAAAGAGAAUAAUGGGCUACUGGAGAGGCUGACAGGCCUGUCUACUGCACAUGCCCACAGUACAGACAAGCUGCAGAGUCUACAGACCCAGCUGAGCAAAUCAGCCAAUGAAAGGACAGUCCUCGAGGAACGAGAGAAGAAGAACAAGGAAGAUGCCAGUCAGGCUGUAGCCCAGCUUCAGAGAGAAAUGGACAAGCUGAUCCAGGAGAAGGAGACCCUGGAGAAGAAGCAUGUUGAAUCUGGCCAAGAACUGAAAGACAGCUUGGAUCAAAUAAAGACAACUCUUCAGGAAGAUAUGGAAAAAGAAGAAAGACUGAGAAAGAUCGCAGAGAACAACAUAGAGAUCCAGAGAGAGGACCACGAGAAAGAGGUGGAGGUUCUGAAGGAGGAGAUAAGAAAACUGAAAGAGGAGAGGAACCGUCUUCAGAGACAGUUAGAGGAGGGCGGUUGGGCCAACACAGACCUGCAGGAACAGGUCGUCCAGCUCACCAAGCAUGUCAAGGUUAUACCAGAGUUACGGAAAGAGCUUCAUAACCUGCAGUCCCAAAGGAACGAACUGGAUAAGAAGAUGAAAGAGCGAUCAGAACAAACACGAGCAAAGGUGAGUGUGAUUACAAGACAGCUGCUUGGAGGCAUUGUGGAAGAAGAAGUGCUUUUAAGGAUGACACAAGAUGGCCCAGAUCAGCCAUAUGAAGUCGAGGAUCUUCUCACUGCCUUUGAUGGACUGCAGAAAGCGACCAGGGUUCUGGAUACUCACCACAAACAGCAGAGGGAGAGCUACGACAGUCAGCUUGAGAGUCUGCAGUUCAAGGUGGAGCAUGUACAGAACGAGAACAACCAGCUCCAGAAACUUUUCAAUGAGAAGAGCAACAUCACCGACAGCAUUCGCCAAGAAGUGGCCAGGCUGAACACUGAAAACAUGGUACUGCCUGAGCUGAAGCAGCAGGUGUCAGAGCUACAGAGACAGAAGCAGGAACUGGAAGUCCAUCUGGAGGAGCAGACCAAGGAGCUGACAGAAAAAAUGGAGGAGAUUUCAAGUCAGCAUCAGAAGAAGAUUGAAGAGGACGUCUCCCAUCGCAGGCUGGUGGAGCUAAAGGCUGCGGAGUUAGAGCAGGAGAAGAAGGAGUUGGAGAGGAACGUGGAGGAGCUUGAGGAGGCGAACGAGCAACUGAAGAGACAGCAUCAGGCAGAGAGCGAUGCCAAAGUCAGACUAAGUCAAGAGGCAUCACGAUUAACCGCAGAAAACAUGGACUUUGAAGAACAACUUGAUAUGAAGGACAGACAGAUUAAGAAACUACUCAAUCAAAUAAAAAGCAUUAAGACCUCUGAUAAAGAAAAACACACGCCGAUACCCAGUAUUCCCAAAGAAUACCAUGGAAUGUUGGAAUACAACAGAGAGGAUGAAUCCAGAAUAAUCCAGAACUUAAUUCUUGACCUGAAACCCAGGGGGGUUGUGGUGAAUAUGAUUCCUGGCCUGGCGGCCAACAUCCUUUUCAUGUGCGUGCGUCACGCCGACUACCUCAACGACGGAGCCAAGCUCAAGUCUCUCAUGAAUGCUGUCAUAAACGGGGUCAAAAAGGUCAUCACGGAUCACCAUACAGACUUUGAGGUGCUGUCUUUUUGGCUCUCCAACACAUACCACAUGCUCAACUGUCUAAAGCAGUACAGUGGGGAGGAGGAAUUCAUGAAACAGAAUACCGAGAAGCAAAAUAAGAACUGCUUGCAGAAUUUUGAUCUGUCGGAACACAGACAGAUUCUCAGUGACUUGGCCAUCCGUAUCUACCAAAAAUUCAUCACGGUCAUAGAGAAAGCCCUAACCCCUAUGAUCGUGCCCGGCAUGCUGGAGCAUGAAAGCCUACAGGGGAUCUUCAGUAUGAAGCCCACUGGCUUCCGGAAGCGUUCCAACAGCGUCUACGAGGACACGGAGGCGUACACUAUCUCCUCCAUCCUCCAGCAACUCAGCUUCUUCCACAUCACCAUGAGCCAGCACGGCAUGGAGCUGGAGCUCAUCAGACAGGCCGUCAAGCAGCAGUUCUACUUGGUCGGCGCCACCACCCUCAACAACAUCCUGCUCCGCAAAGACAUGUGCUCCUGUAGGAAGGGCAUGCAAAUUAGGUGUAAUAUCAGCUAUCUGGAGGAGUGGCUGAAGGAGAAGGACAUGCAGGGCUCCAGUGCCAUCGACACUCUGAAGCCAUUGUCUCAGGCUGCCUGGCUGCUGCAGGUCAACAAGUCCACCGAGGAAGACGCGAAGGAGAUCAUUGAACAGUGCACUGAACUCAACCCUGUUCAGAUUGUGAAGAUUCUGAACUCCUACACUCCCAUCGAUGAUUUUGAGAAAAGGGUGGCACCGUCAUUUGUUCGCAAAGUUCAGGCGUUGCAACAGGACCGUGAAGGCUCCACUCAGCUCAUGCUAGACACACAGUAUCGCUUCCAGGUCACCUUCCCCUUCUGCUCGUCCUCCCAAGCUCUGGAGGCACUUCAGUUACCUAGCAGCCUCCGACUGAACUUCCUCUCCAGGAUCUAACACGGCCAGCUUUUCUGAUCAGCCAGGAAAUGAGGACCCCAUUGCUUACAGUUAUUACCGUGAAUGUGGUUUGAUGUAGACUGUGCCAAGUGACUGCCAAGCUGAAUAAGAUGAUGUUUGUGCUCUAAGUGCGGGGCAGAACUUUGAUUUACCACCAUUUGUAAGUGAAUUAAGGUUUGCUAAUGUAAUGAUUGAUUCAACAAAGUUCAUAUUUAAACAACCACGUCACCUUUAGUACAGGUCAAAGCUUCAUCGGCAAACUUUUUAAAAUGUUUUGACGUGCACUUUUGAGUAUUUUCUUACAAAUCUGAGUGUAUUUUAAAUAAAU